AAAUACGUAGACUUCAAAGUUUUUGAUUACAUAGAAUUCAAAAUAUUUAUUUAUAAAAUUAACAUGAAAGUAUCCGAUGGCUAAAUUUCACAAAUCAUGAGGUUUUCACUUUUCAUUAUUAUUAUUUUUUAAAAAAAAAGUACAACUUGAAAAAUCCUAAAUUACAUUAAUCCUUGUUAUUUAUUUAUUUUCCUUUGGCAAUUUGGUGCACUUUCUUCUUGUUAAAAAAAAGUCCUUACCUUAACCACCAUUUUGGAAACCCCCGUUUGUUGAACAAGAACUCGAUCGUGGGUAUCCCGUAUAUUCCCCCAAAGUAAUCAAAGUUUAGCUUAUAGUGUUAGUGAAACGAAAGUAGGAAAAGGGAUCUGGGGGCGAAGGACUAUUAUGGUAUAAAACUUUUGAAUUUCGUUGUGCAUGGAGGAGGAAGAUCUCUGCGUUAUUAGGGUUAAUGAUAAACCUUUUAACUUCUAUUCCUACACUAAAUACGAAAGGGUAAUUAUAGAAGCAAAAACAACAUUUAAGUUGAGUCUUCAGUAGCUGAGAUGUCUUUACAUUGGGUAGCAGCUCAAACAACUCGGUCUAAUUCUUAUUCAGAGUGACGCUUUAGCCCUUCUGAGAUAUUGUGAUGCCGGAAGAUAAAGGUUCGGAAGAUCCUCGCUCUGUUAAUAGUCCUAGGAGGAUCUUGAGUUUUUCCAAGAAUAGGAAGGCCACUGUGUUCUUUCCAGAUUCAGAUGACAGAGAUUCAGGAUUUGGUGUUUCUGGAGAUCAGGGACCCAAGACUUCUGAAGUUUAUGGAUUCGUUGGCUCCAUUACUACUGUUGUUGCCACAGUUCUCUUUAUGGUGUGGGCAUAUCUUCCCGAACAUUGGUUGCACUCUUUGGGAAUUGUUUACUAUCCAAGCAGGUACUGGGCAUUAGCUGCGCCAGCUUAUGUGAUGAUGACUAUAGUACUAGCUGUAGGAUUUUACAUUGGUCUCAACUUCUUAGCUACACCUCCUCCAACUUCUUCCAGCAUGAUAUAUGAUGAAUUCACUAGAGAACCUUUGCACAACGGGCAUCCAACAGACAGUGAUGAGCAACCUAUAGAGCCUAUAUCUGAUAUUCCGAUUGAUCAAAUUAAUGACCUUAUGUUCAAUCCAAGAUGAGAAACAAUUUACCUGUGCAGUUAUUUUGCUUGGGUAGAUUGUGUAUCAGUUACAUUUUCUUCAUUUAUCAGUGUCUCUUGGAUUCACCUAGCGAUCGAUUCUCACUUUGUUGAACUCGAAAUGGAGGCUGUCUUUACCAAGAGGCAAAGAUGAGGUAUUUUCGCAAUAGAAGGUAUAUCACUAAUUGAUGCUUUGGCCAUUUUGUUUUCGAAUUCUAAACCGGCGAGACGCUGCUGGAUGCUUUUGAUCAAUAGAACACGAAGAAGAAGAUGGCUUCUUUCACAACCCUGCAUUUAAACCUUUUUGGCAUCCACGUAUUGAGGCUUAGGGUACUCAUUUGUUUUCCUCUGUAAUACCAAAAAACAAAUAUACUGGAAAACAAGGGUAGAUUACUGUUUGGGGGGAAGAUAAAUUGACUAUAUGGUCUGUACUUUGUAUCCAUUGCUAAUGGUGGCAAGAGUGAAGUCAAAAUAUGGAAAAAAGAAAAUAUGCUCUGUACUUGGUA